AUGUUGCAGUCGCUGACGACGAUCGAGGCUGCCCUCCGCACAGUGCUCAGGGAAUUCGACCAGCCUGACAACGCUGCAUUACUCGCUUCACUUCGAAGAGUUGACCAAGGGGGUGAUAUAAGAGUGACAUCAGCAGCAAACAAUAUCAUUGACUUAGCAAAUAAGGUCAUUCAGACCCUUGAACCUGCCCAUUUGGCACUCGCUGAUCAUUUGUUCGAGUACCAAAAUACCCAAUGCCUGGCUGGAGCUGUAAAGUUGCGGAUUGCUGACCACCUCUCUGAUGGGUCUCUGAAAUUGGAGCAGCUGGCUACAGCUAGCAAGGCUCGGCCGGAUCGGCUUCGCCAGAUACUUCGUCUCCUAGCUAACAACGGCAUUUUUCACUAUGAUUCGGCCACCGACACUGUGCGGAACAACGAGGCAUCGGAGAUGUUGCAACAAUCACAUUGGACGCAAUGGCAACGCUGGGCUAGUGUUUGUGGCCAUGAGUUCUACGAGAUGGCACGGGGACUUCCCCAGUCGCUGGAUGAGGAGGCUGCUCGUUCUCCGGCGCAGAUCCAUUAUGAUACGGAUGAAAGUAUGUUCAGCUUUCUCGAGAGCAAUGGGACAAUGGUUCGCCUACGGGAGUGUAUGGGAGCGACGGCCAUGGCGCAGACCCCUGGCAUGGUCUCCGCAUACCCAUGGGGCGAGCUAGCGGGAACUACCCUAAUUGACCUCGGAGGUGGCGACGGCUCCCUCAUUGCCGCGCUACUUCGAGCAUUUCCUGAUAUCCGAGGCGGCGUCUUUGAUACACCUAGGGUACUACCUUUCCUCCAAGAGGCAUUCCACUCACCGGCCGGAAAGUAUGCAGACGUUGGCUCACGCAUCUCUUCCGAAAAUCUUAUUGCAGGCGACUUCUUGACUGAAGUGGUGCCCGCGGAAGCAUAUGUUAUGCGCUGGUGUUUGCAUGACUGGAACGACGAACAGGCCCGAAAGAUUCUUGAAAAUAUCCGUAAAAGCAUCAUCAAAGGUCCGGUAAGCCGGCUGGUGGUGCUGGAAUCGGUGCUGGCCGAUGGGGAUAUCAAUGUGAUGGUUACUGCUGAACAUGGCCAGGAACGUACCGAAAGUGAUUGGAGAAGAUUAGCUUCUUCAUCUGGCUGGGAGAUCGCAAGGAUUGCUCCGCUGCCAGGCGCUUGGCCGUCGGCUAUUGAUCUGAGACCUGGGACCAUCUGUCAAAGAUGA